AUGGUUCAUAUUAUCAUUUCGCUCUUUCCCCUUAUCCAUGGCGUCUACCCUUGUUACAUUAGCAGCAAAACCCUUCACUUCUCAAAACACAAACCUCCGAUUUUUGCCCACCAAAGACCCAGGGUUUUGCCCAGAAACAACUCCCUCAGAGUCAGUGCGAUUGCCAAGAAGUUCGAACCCACUAAGGUUGUGCCUCAAGCAGAUAGAGUGUUAAUAAGGUUAGAGGAGCUACCACAGAAAUCAGCUGGGGGAGUUUUGCUGCCAAAAUCAGCAGUAAAGUUUGAGCGCUAUCUAAUGGGAGAGGUGAUAUCUGUUGGUACUGAAGCUGGUGAAGUGAACAGUGGAAAGAAGGUGCUUUUUUCUGACAUAAAUGCCUAUGAGGUGGAUUUGGGAACAGAGGCUAGACACUGUUUUUGUAAAGCUGGCGACCUCCUUGCUGUUUGAAUAAUUUCAGCAUUUCAAAGGCUGAGGCUUCUGAUUAAGGCGAUUUGGCUUCUCCGAUGCAUUCAUUUUGUCAGAUUUGGUUGGUAGAGAGCUCAUUUGAAGACUAAACUUUCUUUUCUCUUACAUUCAAUUGUGCAAUAAUAAUGUAAAACUCAGUGUUGUGGGAUCAUGACAUGCUAAUUACUUCACCAGUUACAUGCUUAAGAUUUCCCUGCCUAAAAUCAAAUUUCGGGUUUUCCAUUUGACUCUGCUUUUUGGCAUUGAUGUGUUGUUGAUUUUAGGCUGGCAGUCUUAUCUAAAUUUAUAGUUAGUAGUAUUGUGUGAUAAAUCAGUUCAAAAUUGUUUA